GGCGCCCGCCUGUUGCCGCCCUGCACCACACAGCCCUACUGUAGUACAGUACAUAACCAGCGCCCAGCUGCUUUUCCUUCUCCUCAACCCGGCACCGUAUGGCCUGCACGCCGUAUCCUUCUUCCUCCUCCGCUCGGUCGCUCCGCCUUUCCGGAUUUAUUGCAAUUGCGAUCCCACACCGCGCGCAUGCACACGCACGCACCACCAUAAUUUAGUUCCCAGUACGGGUCGCCGUGCUAGCCCAACCAAGGCGGCUCUACUAGUACCGCCUGGCCCCGUCAUGGCCGCACCCGCGCUGGCCAAGCGCCCCUGCGACCACCCUUCCUCCUCCUCCUCUUCUUGCCGCGAUCCCAAGCGCCACCGCCCGAUCACUGCACCGGCGCCGCCCAUGAUGGAGAAGCACGACGGUGUCGCUGCUGAGGCAGCCCCGUCCCAGUCGCAAUCGCAGCCGCUGCUCCCGGGCCUGCCGGACCACCUGGCGCAGCUCUGCCUCGCCCCGCUCCCGCCGCGCCUGCUGCACGCCGUCUGCCGCCCCUGGCGCCGCCUCCUCUACGCGCCCUCCUUCCCGCCCUUCCCCGCCCUCUACGCGCUCCUCCAGGACGCCGCCCACGCCUCCUCCUUCGCCGCCUACGACCCGAUCGCCGCCCGCUGGGACGCGUUGCCCGCGCCCCCCAUGCCGUCCCCGCCCCCCACGCUCUGCCACCCGUCCUUCCUCUCCCGCCGCCUCCCGCUCCAGUGCGUGGCCGCCGCGGGGCGGCUCGUGCUCGUCGCCGGCUCCACCCACUCCCUCCGCCCGGCGCUCCCCCGCCCGCUCGUCUUCGACCCUGCCACCCCGCGCUGGCACCUCGGCCCGCGCGUCCCGCUCGCCCCGCGCAGGUGGUGCGCCGCGGGGCCGGCCCGCGGGCGCGUGUUCGUGGCGGGCGGGGUUGGCGCCGGGUACGACCUCGCCGUCGCGCGCUCCGCCGCGUCAUGGGACCCUUCCGCGUCGUCAGCGGCGUGGGAGGCGGCCCCGCCGCUCCGGGACGGGCGGUUCAGCCGGGACGCGGCCGAGGCGGUCUGCUCCCGCGGGAAGGUCUGCAUGGUCAGCCUCCGUGGCCGCGGCGCGAAAGAAGGGGCCAUCCUCGACCUGGACGGCGAACGGUGGGAGGACAUGCCGCCCGGCAUGCUCGCCGGGUGGAACGGCCCCGCCGCGGCGUCCCCGGACGCCGGCGACGCGAUCUUUCUGGUGGACGAGGAAUACGGGGCGCUCAACGCCUACGAUUGGGAGACGGACCGGUGGCGGACGCUGGCCGAGGCCGAGCCGCUAAAGGGCGCGUCGGAGAUGGCUGCCGGUGGCGGCAGGGUGUGCGUCGUGGCCGACUGCGGCAAGAAGGUGGUGGUCGUGGAUGUCACGACGACGCCCAAGGCGUCGACGACGACGAGGAGGAACUCCACGUUAACGUCCACGUCCACGGCGGCGCGCAUGUGGGAGGUGGAGGCGCCGGAAGGGCGGCGGAUCGUGUCCCUGCACGUGCUGCCCAGGAUGACACGACCCGAUCAGUAGGCUUCCUCCCUCCCUUCCCGCCACGCCCACUGUACAAAAAACAAAGCAUCGAUCGAUCGGCGUUCACCUCCUGCGUUGACAUGAUUUUUGGCGAGCUCGCCGAGAUUUUGUUUGAUUUGAUUCCUGCGUGCCGCUGUUCAGGCUGGAAUCAAGAUUUUUUGGAGGUGCAAGAUAGAUUUUCAGAUUUUGAUUCUUGCGUUCCUCUGUACUCCAGUUCUGUCCAGAGAGCAAAAGAAGCAGGAUUCGAUUUUUUGUUUUCUGGCGAGAUACUAGUCAGGUACAUACAUACAAGAAUGAAAUGCAAUAAAAUGAAAUGAGAAAUGGACUGCCGCUAAGCUGCAAUGCUGGUGCCCUGUUUGGCUUUGGGUUGGGGGCGUCUGGAAUGUUGGUGUCGCUCUGUCGGACGCGAACGGCAGGCGGUCGCCGCCACGCCAUAGCUUUUGCUCGCCACGCAAACCAGAUAUUUUCCUCCGCCCCGCUUGGCCGGUACUGCAGGGGUCACCGCCACGCCAUAGCUUUUCGGUUUGAUUCCUCCUCGCCGUCGCCAUCGCCACGUCCUCGUCGACACCAUGCACGGCGAAUCCUCCUCCUCCUAUCCAAACCAAUCGAAUCCUCCUCCCCAGUUAACUCUUGUGCGGGCCGGAUAAUCGUUUCGACCGACGGCAAACGGCCGGCCGCUAGUCUCCAACGACGGAAAAGGUUCGGCAUCCGUCCGCGCGCGGCAGGAUCUCGCCGGUCCAAUCAAUGCCGAACAUUUCUCCUCGGUUGUGCUGUGUGGUCCGGCGGCCGCCUUUUCCGUCCGGGCAGCAACAGGGGGAAAAGGGCUCGGGAAAAGCUUUGUUAGCUCGGGGCGAAAAAGGCCGGCGAGAGCGACCGGCGGAUGGGAGUGAAUGGCCGGCCGGCGAGAGCGACCCGCAUCGCAUUGUGGGUGGGUACUGCGUGCGUGGGUCGCGAGGCCAUCAUCAUCGAUCGUCGGGUUAUUAUUGACCACGGGACCGGUCGAGCUGGGGGAAUUGCUCUGAAAAGUGUCGCCGCCGGAGAGGAAGAGGCCUGCUGGCUGCGGAAAGGUGGCGUUUAAUUGGCAUGGCCGCCGCCGUCGACGGCGACGGCGACGGCGACCCGGGCGUGCGGGCCACGUGCGUCCGGCGCACGUUCGCUCAUGCCUGAUGUCAGCUUGAUUGCCUUGUGUAGCUAAUUAUCGCUUGUCAGUUUCAGAAACACCACGUUUACAACUGCUGAUUUUUACUCGUCAAGACAAAUUCCAAGGUGUAUCUGAAAGCUGUAGAGUAGAAAAAUUCAGCCUCCGUAUUAUUUCAAAGGUUGCUACUACUCGCUGAUUUAUCAAAAGUAGUCUACUUUUUAAUCGCUACUCGCUCGCAGGAAUCUGAAAUUUCAACCCGCUGCAAACCAGCCCAAAACCCUCUUCAGUUUAAGUGCCCAGCUUCAGAUAACGAAAGGCGACGGGCCUCGCCACAGCAUAUAAAAGUAAGCAAGUUCAGAUGAGCAUAUCAAAUGCCAAUUGGCCAUGCUUAUAGACUAGGACAGGCAAGAGUAACCAAACGUUGGAGUUGUCUAUUCGUGGAUAAUAACAGAACUUUUGCUAAUAAUGUUUGUCUCCAGCCCAAAAACGGUGAUGAGACACUCAAAACCGCAAAAAGCGUUGGCUCUCCUCAGCUCCCAUAAACUGGUGUUAGGUGGACGCUGUCACCUGUUGAAACCUCUCGAAAAGGCAGCUGCAUGUUGGUUUCAGUUUACAUCGGCUUGCCAUUGGUGUGUUGAUCCAAAAACACUAGAAUAGCAUCUUCCCCGAUCUGUUGAUCGAAGACAACCAGGACCAAUACCUGGAUCCCUUGAUCGAAGAUUACCGGACAUCCACCCUUCCCUCCCAAUGAGGCAAGGACUCGAUGGCGUCCUCCUCGAUGACAUCCGUGACUGUGGCGUCUCCUCUCGGAGCUUCACCCACAACAAAACUCACGACAGCCCUUCACGGCACUCGAGAGAAAAUGUUCUCUAAUGGCUUGUGAAUUCUCUGAUAGAGGAGGUGCCCGCCCGAGUGUUUGGGCUGGAGCAUGAGUCUGAUGUGUAGAACUCUCUAAAACAUGUACUCCCCGAGUUGAAAGCUAGGGUUUCCACUCUAUAUGGUACCCUCACCAACACCAAAAAGGUUGAACUCACCACUACCCAAUUCAUCUCUAAGAUGAAGGGAUUUUGCAAGUUGGACCUCACUGCUACCCAAUUCACCAACAUCAACUCAUUUUUUGUAUUGUAUAAUAAAUUAUGUUUUUGUAAACAUUUUGCAAGCUCAUGUAAGGAUAUUGGUUGAAUGUGCAUAUCUUGUCAUGAGUGUUAUGAUGAUACUAGAGAUGUCUAAGAAAAUUCAGUAUUAUAAUCAUCGUAGUUGUUCUAGACAAGAAAAAGAUGAUGUACUAAGCAUUGUUCAACUAUAAUUUCCUUUAUGAUGUAAUUAACAAACAUACA